AUGAUAGUCGUUCCUCUUUACUGAGCAGUGGGCUAUACUCGAGAAUGCGCUUCCUUCGAGUUGGGCGAUGACUCAAUGAGAAUUGCUUAUGGAAUAAUAAUUGCCGAUAAUGACGCUUACAGCUAUGCGCUUAGUCAAUGCGGUAUUAGCUUUGGUGAUCAUUAUUCGUUACAAUGGAAAGUGUUAGGUAAACGAGUUCGUUUUGAAUUGAAACUUUCCAGUAUACCGGAAAAUAAAGAUUUUUGGAUUGGUAUCGGAUUUAGCAAAAUUCAAGUGAAUUCGCCGGUUGACGAAAGUGAAGUAUUGGCAAUCCUAAGACUGCAAGGUGUCAUAUCAUUGGAAAUUUUCAGCAUUAAAAGUGGAAGAAUAGAAUCAGCUGAAUCAAUGAAUGAUAAGGAUGAACAGUUUUAUACGACACCAAUCCUAAUAAAUGAAACAUUCGUUGAUCCCAUAUUUGAUGCACUCAUUUGCAAUUUAUCCAUUUUAUCACGAAAUCGACGUCAAAUAUUUGCAACUAAUAGCACUCAAGCAAAUCGAACAAACAAUUCUGAAAUUUCAAAUUUCUACAAUCCAGUCAUUAAUCCGCACUCACCGAAUUAUACCGACGUAUUGCGCCAAAAUCAUGAAGCAUUACUGCAAUAUGAAGAUCCUUCCUGUACAUUACCGGAUCCUUAUUGGUGCAAGAAUUACGUCAAACAAUACAUCGACUGGCAACAAACAUACAAUCAUCGAUCGAUGCAGAUAGUUUGCGCAUCUCUUAAAGCAUCGGUGGCUAAUGCACACAAUCGAUGUUGUCAGGCAGUACAAUCUACCGGAUGUUGA